UCUAGUUUUUCUCAUUCUCUUAAUCAUCUUUUUAAUUCAGUUAGCCAAAUUUCAUUGACUCUUCCUCAUGGAUGCUUCCCUGUGGGCAUUUCUCCUCAACAGUCCUGAAGGAUCUGUUCCUUAUCCUUGGGAACGCUGUUUUGAUCUUGUGACAGGAAUGCUGUUAUAUAAGAACAGACUGAAUGGCGCCGUAGUCCUAGAUUUAAGGCCUCGAGUGAACCUUGGGGGAGGCUUGUACAACGUAAGCACCGCGUGGCAAGACCUGACGGCCGGCAACCAAUACACGGCCGCAAACAACGCUGUGCAGUGGACUCCUUCUCUGUUCCGCAGACAUAUUAAUGAACAUGAUCAAGACACUCCCAUUCUCAUUUGUUCCAACUGCUGCACCAACCAACUCAUCUAUUUCCUGGUGCCCCAACUCAUCACUCACUGCCCCUUAUGUCGCCGCUUUAUGAAUUUCUUUGCUUAAUUCUGUCCUGGGAAUGUAAGAUUUCUAAUGAUG